CGACGAUCUGUGCAACUGUUACACUCGACUUUCAUGAAUCAUAAUUCUUCAUAGCAUACUCAUGUCUAACCACGAGGAUGGGACCAAGCGAUACGACGUGACACCAAUUUUGGAGUCUCGGUACUUUAUUCUCCCUGCUUCCGCAGCAUUAGUGGGGGUAUUCAUUGGGGCGGUGCGUGGAUCUCGCCUUGCAUCCCUUCGUUUUCUCGCGGAGAACGCACACCGGCCACCGAAGACGAUUCGGGGAUGGUAUCUCUACAAUAAAACGAAAAAUUACAAAAGAAUGGCUACCGGACUUUUAUCUGGUGGUAAGGAAGGGGUUAAACUUGGAGUUACAGCACUAGUUUGGGUUGGGAUUGAGGAUGGAUUAGGACGGUGUGGGGCAGGUUUUGAUGAUUUGAAAGAGGUUGGAGCCGGUGUUGGUACUGCGGGGGCUUUCUCUAUUGUUUACCGACUACGAUGGCGUACUGCAAGUCGUGCGUUAUUGCUUGGGUCGAUUAUUGGUGGAGGAAUGGGAUUUCUUCGAUGGGGCAGAGAAUAUUUGAAGAGAGCCCGAGGAGACUUUAUCUAAAAAUUUACUCGGUUAGCGUAUGAUGGAUCUUCCUUAAAACAGUAGCGAGCCUCGAACACUCCACCAC